UAACUACCAGCAGACCUCUUUGUGAUCCAUCAGCAGCCAACUGUGAUCCUAUGAUCCUGUGAUCCAGCGCCAGAUACUGGACUUAACAGCUACGUCCUCCUGGCCACUCUGCAACCUCCCGUCCGAAGCCAGGGCAAACUCCAACUUGCGGGACAUACCGGGAUCGAGUGCACCUGAGGUCAGCUGACCUGCAAUCAGCUAACCGAUUUCAUAACACGCCGCUACCUCUACACGCCGCUUUCAUCAGGCGGUAUCCAUCUUCACGCCGAAGCGAGCAUUGUUACCAUCUGUUGGCAGCGGUAUAAGACUGUGAGAAGAGGCUUGAGUCCAUUACAUGUUGUCGCCACCUCCAGUCGAAAAGUCACCAUCCCGUGGAGUUUUAACAUCAAGACCCUGUGAACAUCUGACCAAAGGGCGCAAUGAAUACGAUAGAGAAGAACGGGUCAGCCCCCUUCCAAAUUGCUCUCAAGAAACAGGUCACAUGCAACAAAAGAAGAGGACGAGAAUCUCAACCAAGGACAGUCGCACAGCCAGCAGUUCACGAAAUGUACAGCUCGUUUGGUUUCUUGAAGAUUGCUGAAGUCAACUCCUUAGGUCACUUCAUCCGAAUAAUGAACACUUCUGCAGAACAAGAUAUUGAUAUAAGUGGCUACCUACUGCAGCAGCUGGAGGGAGGGCAGGUGGUAUCUAUGUAUCGCUUCCCACACAGUCUACUUCUGCCAUCCCUGCAGCACAUUACAAUCUGGGCAUCUGGAGCGAAGGUUUCCCAAAACCCACCAACAGAUUUAGUGUGGAAAGGGCAAGUUUACUUCCGAAGUAAUCCACAAUGCAUUACUGUGCUGUCACGGCCAAAUGGACAGCCUGUUGCUUUUCUGAAGAAUAAGGAGCUGUCUUCCUGGUCAGAGACUGCUAGUUCAAAUCUAUGUAAAGUUCAAAGAGUCAUAAGAAGGCCUGUGAUGGAACAAAACAAUGUUAAUUCCACCCCAUCUCCAAUAACUACACUCCCCAGGACCUGUGCUGCUCCAGAAGAAAGAAUGUCCCAGAAUAUGUUACCAUACUCAACAUACAUUAGGCCAAAGUUCUACUCAGCCUUCAGGAAUUUAGGACUGGCACACAGUGAGCCCCGUCCAGUAUCUGUCACCUGGCAGCCACAAAGGGUAAAUACAAGUAGUCCACUGAUCAGACUUCUGGUCCAGAAAACUGCUCGGUCCAAGCAUGGAUUUAUCUUUCUCAGUCAUAUACCCUUUACAUGCGAUAUCCUGAAGGUCUAGUGACAGUAAAUCAUUGCAAAUAUUCUGUUGGUAAAUUGGAACUGUUCUUUGCUUUUCACAUACAAUAUACAUAAUAUACUUAAGUACUGGUUCUGUUGCAGCAAUCUGUGAAUAAAUAAGCAUAUUUGCUCUCCAGUAGGCAGAAAACUGUCUCACUAAUGUCAACACUAGCCUGCAAGUCGGUGUCUGGCCCCAUAAAACAAGACUAAGGAUACCUGCCAAAGAAUAGACACCCAACUACGGACAGAUUAUUAAGAGCCGAGGUACAAGCUUUCAAGUCAAGUGCAAGUAAAAAGUACAAAGUGUGUUGACACAAAAAACGUGCGCAAGAAAGAAGAAAGGCCCCCCCAAUAAACCAAACCCUUCACCUCUGGGUUAAAAGGCACCUGCAAGGCUCCAGGUACAUUGACCCCUUUCACCUAAGCUACUCAGGGACCAAAAGUGCUCCCAGCAGACAACUAGGCAUUAGACAGGUUGUCACUAAGGAGAGAGUAAAACCGGUGGCAUCCAUGCCAAAGCAGGGAUACCAAGGGCAUGGCAGAGAGGUGAGGAACCUAAUGGCUAUACACACCUCCCCUAGACCGGCAGAAGGGACACCCAAACGGCUACCGCACCCUGACCAAUCCUGGUGUACAUAAAAAGAACCCAAACGUGAGCACAGUUUCAAAACAUAAAUAAUAAAUAAUGUGAAUGUGUGCAGUGUAAUACAGAUGCAAACAUAAAUGUGUCCCUGAGGGUCUCAGGGUGAUACGAUCCUAAACAACCUUUAAGGGGUUGCUCCCUCGCGGGGAUAAGCCCUUACUAGAUUCCCUCCCCUAAAAAAAACUCUAUUAUUAUUUAUAAUAUUAAAAUUAACCCCUUCAAACAUUUUAAAAUUGUCAGCGAUUAAGUGACUUAAUUCCCAGUGAGGGUAUUAUAAUAACCCCCUACUUAAACAGGUAUCACUGGAGCUAUGGUAUCUAUUGUAACUGGUGUGCAGGAUAUACCUUUAUCACCUAACCAUAGAUUUCAGUCCUGUUGUUUAUAUUGUUCUGUCUACUGCUGGUUAAAACUUAGACAAACAGCCUCCCCGACGUUUCGCGGACGAAUCUGCUUUGUCAAGGGUUGCCUCGAACCUACUCUCUCCAGAGGGUACAGGUCACUUCAGGGUCCUCUGCCAGGCCAUACAGCUGACCCUGGUUCACCUGUCCCACUCUAUGUGGUUCCCCAUCCUGCCUUGGUGGUCUACCACACCACCAACUAACAGGAAAGGUACUACACUUGAUCUUGGCCAAAAGGCUGAGAAGCAGGUAUCAUUUUACCAAUAUCCUCAUCAGGGGUGUCAAAAUGUUCUCAUUCCAAAAUUGUUCUGUACAUCAUCAUCAUUAGAGAUGAGCGAACUUUUGAAAAGAUUGGUUCGCCGGACUCGCUGGACUUUUCAAAAAACACAGGUUCCGGCAAUGAAAAAAGCCCCUAAACACGUUUAUAAAACUGCCUAACAGCUCUAAACCCCUGUCUAAAACUACUUGAAUACAUUACUAACAGUGUGAAAAAAAGUGUUUUUAAGGCUCAGUUAUGGCGACAUGCGGUAACCCAUGAUAACUAUUACAGCUCGCCUAUUUUUUAGGCUUAUUCACAUCAAAAUAAAGUGGCAUAAAGUAUCCCUGGUUGUUGGUAGAUGCCUGCCGGUGUUAUUAUGCACAUGGAUGCAUGGGAAGACGCAAUGGCUUUUUCCAAGUGUGCCAAAAAUUACCCCUUUUUGUGCAUGAUGGGUUGUAUACGCGUAGUCCUCGCUGGAAAUUUGGUGAGGAUGCAUUGGUGUUAAUAGUAGUAACAAGCGUACAGCAGGUGGUGGCUGACUAAUGUUACUUGUGUACAGCAUGAGAUGGCAGAGGUAUGUCAAUAGGGUACAGAAGGAGAUGGCCGAUUGGUAGUAGCAGGAAGUGGUGGUUUUAAAAUUAAAAUGUUUCAAACCAAGUUUUUUAAUUUUGAAAUAAAAAUUUAAUUAUAUGGUUCCUGGACUGGUGAUGCUGACAUGCAUUGGUUGUGUAUGUGCAGACCUGGCUGAAACUACCAGCAGAGCAUGUGUGGCUUACUGGAGGAAGUUGUACAGUCUUGGCCGUA